AUGGCAUCCACGAACCCGGUAGUAUCUUCGAAGCCGGUCGCUGAGGUCGGAGUGGACGUGCUGCCGGACGUUACCCACGAGAUCGCACCUUCAGCAGCAUCGAGUCAACCCAGGCCUUGGGAGAUGGGAGGAUUCAGGGGAACAUCACAUCGAUAUUUUCGGACCUUCCAGCGGUAUGUCUGGGAUGAUCCAGACAAGCCCAAAGAUGAGAAAUGGUUCCUCCUUAAGCUCGACUUCUUCCUCCUCACGUCCACCUGUCUCGGUUAUUUCAGCAAAAACCUCGACCAGACCAACCUCAGCAACGCAUACGUGUCGGGCAUGAGCGAGGCUCUGCACAUGUAUGGCAGUGAGUUGACAUACGCCGGCAAUGUCUUCACGGCCGGGUAUGUGAUCGGUCAAUUGCCCGCCGCGGUUCUGGCCACCCGCGUCCGCCCAUCGAUCCUGUUGCCCACUCUCGAGUUGCUGUGGUCGGUCCUCACUUUCUGUACGAGCGCCGUGACCUCGGUGUCGCAGCUGUAUGCCAUCCGCUUCCUCAUCGGCCUUUUGGAGUCGGCAUACUUUCCAGUGGCGAUAUAUAUGGUCAGCUCGUGGUACACCAAGAGCGAGCGCGGGAAACGGGUCACGCUCUUCUAUUGCAGCGCCACCCUAGCGGGCAUGUUCAGCGGCUACUUGCAGGCUGGCGCGUACAAAGGCCUGAAUGGCAAACUCGGCCACGCUGGCUGGCAAUGGCUUUUCAUCGUGUGUGGCGUCAUCAGCACACCGAUUGCCGUGCUGGGCUAUUUCUUCUAUCCAGACUUCCCGGAGACGACCCGUGCUUUCUAUAUCACGGAGCAAGAAGUAUCGUUGGCAAGGGACCGGCUGGCCCGGGAGGGGUUGAAGCCUCUGGGAGCGUCUGCCUGGGAUCGAACCAAGCUCUUUCGAAUGAUGGGACAAUGGCAGUUUUGGGUCCUUCCCAUCGGGUACUUCCUUGUCCAGGGCAGCUUUCCCAUAUAUCAACCAGUCUACGCGCUCUGGUUGAAGUCGACGCACCAUUCCACCUAUCAAGUCAACGUUUGGCCAACCGGUCAAGUUGCCAUCGGUGUGGUUGUCCAGGUUCUGGCAGGCAUGCUUUCGGAUUCUCCCCUGCUGCGAGGCCGGCGCUGGCAAGCAAUGAUUUUCAUGGCCAGCGGGACCUUAUUCAGCACCAUAGUCCUGGCUGUGUGGGAUAUCCCGGACGCACUCAGGUACGUGGCAUAUUAUUUGUCGUACACCGCGGCAGGCGUGCCCGGCAUCUAUUUUGCGUGGUUUCCAGACUUGAUUCCACACGACCAUGAGAUGCGUGGAUUCGUGAUUGCCGCUUCAAACACGUUCAGCUACAUCCAGUCCGUAUGGUUCACCAUUGUGUUCUGGAGGACCGUGGAAGCUCCAGAGUUCCACAAUGGGUUCAUUGCAGCAUCGUGCUGGGGUGUGGGACUCAUUGUGCUUACGCUUGUCAUUCGCCGACUUGAAAUACGAGACAAACGACGUCGCAAAGCUAUAAGCGAAGGAUCCGGCGAUGUUGAGGUGGAAGGGGCUGCAACUCCGGUGUCAGAAAAGGCCGACAGUGUCUCGCCCUCAGAAGCGCAACAGGAGCAUGGAAUCCUCAAGUAG